GAUGCAUGAAAGACAAUACAGUACAUAUAGGCAUAUAAAUCACUUAGCAACCAAUGAACUCGCUGCCCCUGGCAACAAUUUUAUAUGUUUACAUUUUACACGAUAUGGCUGACAUAAUGUAAAUAUUGGAAUGUAUGCAAACUGGAACAUAAUUUGUUAACUAAAAGAUAUGAACUGGUUUAACAACAACACUUAGUCAAUUAUUUACAAUGCCUGUAACCUUCAAUGAUGAACCAAAUCACGGAACGAUUUACGUUGACCCGGCGUUUCGGUAUGAUUGUUCGACUCGGCUAUUAGAACGAGAACAGUGCCAAAAUAAUGUGGAUUAUUCGGGCAGCCAGCAUUCGCAUUGCUACGGAAAAAGUUCGCGUACCAGUACACCACUUUCCGAAUACAAGCGAGCCUACUCUCGCAGUGGUAGUCCUGAUAAUAAAGUUGGUAAUAGACUCCCAGUAAAUUUUGGCGAAGUUGAUCAAGCGUGUUAUGAAUCAACAGCAGGUAUUAAUGUGUAAACUAUAUGUAGUUAGCCUUGUAAAUAUUAUAUUAUUUGGAACACGUACAUUUUGUCCUUAACAAAUAGUACUUAGUAGAACCUUUGUUAUAGGUUUGCAAGAUGAUAAGAAUAUGACUUCUCAGACACAGGAUUUGUCUUGUUUGACCAGCCAACAGCGAGAGGUAUUGCUAAUUUGAAUUGCUUAUUACAUAAUCACUGACACUGCAUAUGAGUAAUUGUGCUCUCACCAUCAUUUUUGUUUCGUUCAUUAAUCGACCCUAUUUUAUGAAUUUCUGCAUUCUGGCUGAUUGGGCUUAUAUAUAUACAUGGCUGCAUGGGCAUUCCGUCAUCGGGCAGGAAGUUCAAUUAGCUCAUGCAAACGAUAUAAAGCUUAAGGUAUACAGAUAAAUUAUUUGGCGCAGAAAAUAGUGAAAUAACUGAAAUUCACACUGUUUCACCGGUUUAUUAUUCAGGAACCAGGAAAAAAAUAAAAAUAUAAAUACCAAAUACGCAAUGUUACAAUAUAUACUUUAAUAAAAGGAUUGUCUUUCCCCUUGUAUUAAUAAUUAUUAUUACAUAAAUAUAUACUAUAUGACAUGUUAUAGCUGCAUGAUUUCGCAUGCAAUUUCAACAGUUUCUCUGCCUGCACACUCGCGAUUUUUUCAAGAGAUCAUCAUAAUCUUAUUAUAGUCAGUUCUGCAUAUAGUAUGAGUGUGUCUUCGGAAUACCCCACUCGUUGCAAUUCUCGGAACAAUUCUAUUAGUUUUACCGUAUAUGCAGAAACGUUUAAGGCUUACUGCUAGACCUGUAAAAUUUUAAGCUUAAAACUCGUGAAAGGGAAUUAGAAACUGCCUGGGAUAUUGCUCAACACAAUCAUGCGUGCCUGAACCUGUAGGCACCUGUGUAAUAUACAUAUCGUAAAACAAUCAUGCAUGCUAUAAUUAUAACAUGAAUUAAUAUAAGGGUCUUGUAGAAGGAAAUUGUCGAGUGGAAAUAAAAAUUUCCACUCGAUUAUUUCCAUCUUCAAGAUCCUUCAACUAUUAUUGAACCGAGUGGGAACUUUAGAAAGAUUGAAUCGUUGGAACUUUGCAAAGUUUUCGGACCCCAAUUCGUGACGAAAAUGGAAAUAAAUUGUAGAGAUUUCUAAAGAAACCAUACCUGAUAAAUUUGUUUAAAUGAACGCGAACAAGAACUGUAAGGGAUACGUCUCUACCAUGUAUACUGCAUGGAUGUCAUUGGCAUAGAAUAUAAUUGCCAUGCAUGAACGUUCAUAAAAAAAGGUUACAAACGAAACCUACUAUACCUAGUAUGUAGGCAACCGCAACAUACGUUUUUCCAACAAGAACCGCGGGCACGUGGAAAAAGUGUAUUAGGGUAUCAGCGCCAUUUCUGAAUUAUAGUUUGUCCAUUUUUUAAUUAGGAUGACAAUCCAGCUACCAGAGAUGACAUUCGGUUUAGAGAUUAUCUUGCAAAUAAAGCAUUUUACACAACCUCCACUCAAAAGUAAGUAUGCAUUUACAGGAAACUAUAGUGACGGUGUAUAGUCAGUGGACCUUGAUGUUCACAUGCAUGUAUGUGGCUCUGAUCUCGUUAUCCAAAAUUCAGGCAUAUUUUUAGAUACAAUGUGCAGUUCUAGAAAAGACUUGCAGUUAUAUUGUUCUGAAGGGUUCGGCCUCCUUUUUAAAAGGCAUAGUGAGCUAUCAGAUUAACUUGCAUGCCUUGCCAAGUAUUAUCCAACAGAUAAGGUACAACAAUUACAUACACAAUGGCAGAUGAAGAGCGCUUUGUCUGAAAUUAAGCGCGUACUGGAUACAAAAUCAAAUCAUACGUUUGACUUCAGACCAAGAUUACACGCCAUGAAGUUCAAUUUCCGCGAAAACAGUCUAAACUUUAUUUAUUUCAAUCAAGAGUUGCAAGUUUAAUAAGGAAAACCUAUAAUUAGAAAAUUAAUUCAAUUGUACAUAUGUUAAGAUACCUACACUUUUUGAGGGCACGGUUAACUCCAGAAAGGAACCAUCGCCAUCCAUAAAUACACAUUUAAUCGAUUGAUUUUGAUAAAUAAAUAACCUCAUACACUGAGGUAGAUCAAAUUUGAUUCGACGAAAAUGUAAAAGUCGCCUGAAAAUCCAUUAUUUUUCUCACGAGAUGUUUUCAGGGGGUACCACACCUCCAACACCCCCAACUCCCCAUAGCAACUGCCCUGGAGACGGCUUCCUCAAAUACUAACGUUUUCCUGUGUGCGUUUUUAUUCUUGCAGACUAUAUCAAGGCGUUGACUGGUGUAACAGGUUAAUACGUUCACCCGUUCCUCCCAAAACGAGCAAAGAGUUAAAUGCGGACACAGUGUCCUAUCGGUAUGAAUCAAAACGUUAUCAGCCCAGAAACGAAAAUUGGCAGGUACAGACCAAAAUAAGAUAGUAGAUUUUUGUUCGAUCCCCCAAUAAGAGAAAAUUGCACGUUAUAAAUUUUGUUUUUGUAAAUCGCAAGUCAAUCAAAGAGCCUGGGAACGAGGUUGAACUCAAUCUCAUUACAUAUAUUCCCAAUAACGACAUUCAUUUUAUCUAGCAUGCCUGUCAAUCAAAUCCAUAUAAGGUAGUCGCCUCAUCUCUAAAUUAACUUUUACUAAAUAGUUAUUAAUUACUUAAUAUCAACCUUUUUCCGACAGCUUCAAGACUAGAUCACAUGCCAUGAUGUACAUAUAUAUCAUGACUAUUUUUCAAGUUUUCAACAUUUUCUGAGGAAGUUAUCUAUAGUUUAGGCUAGUAAAUGAAGAAUGAGUUUAUACCGUUUUUGCGAUUAAUUUUCCUCCAGACCAACGCUGAAAAUACACAGGAGGAUUUUUUGGUUUGGUAAACUGAUUUGGUAAACAUUGAAAAUCUGAGGUUUCAGCAUUUUGGCACCUCUAUGCAAAAUCGCGUACUGCACUUGCUCCUAAAAAGAGAACGUACGUCCUCGUAUCCUUGCACCAUUAGAAAACGCCAAUACACUUGCAUAAUUGUUAUUAUUAAUAGUAAUUCAGCACCUUUACAUGUAUGUACAUUAAGUAAACUCGCUGCACGCACAUAUUUUUAAAUUAGAGUGACUGUUUUUCUUUACAGCAAUUUGGAAGCAGGCCGUUUUCUUGGGAUUAUGUUCAAACAAGAGAUGGACACCAUAUAUCAGGACCGGUUCGUUUGUAAGUGCAUACAUCUUUGGGACCAUGCUUGAUUAUAUCAAAAGAAGCUUUUCCAAACAUUGAGACAUUUGUACUGCAACUUGCAAAUAGCUACGCAGUUUUUGACGCCGAAACAAGUUCGUGCUCUGCAGAAAAAUCAUUACAUAGGCAUUUUUUCUAUAUCACGUAUAUGCAAUGAAAAGUGUUCAAGACCUAACAUCGUUUUCAUACCUAACUAAAAUUACUUAGUUAUUAAGUGCAUCUGCUGUUUCAGGAACGUAAAAAUAGUAUAGUUUCAGAUAAUUGUCAAUAUAUUAUAUACUCAUUCGUUUGAGCGUGCACGCGUUACGUAAUAUGUCCUCUGGUCUUGCUAUUAAUAGUUUUUUUUUAAAUCGUCUAUUUCGUUCUAUUCGUAUAUACUGUAACACAAAUUCACGCGUACACAGAAAAAUUAAUAGUUGAGUAUGUUUAUAAACAUACUCAACUAUUAAAUGACUUUGCGAAAACUUGUGUUGCAUGUUCCAAAGACGGUUCCCUGACAGACAUGCGGAGACGUUGCGAAGCCACACCUUUGUCGUUGGUUGCAGGAGGAUUGGUGGAAGGGGGGGGGGGCAGAGUGCUCGAAUUGCCUGAAUCUUUAAUCCUCAGAAAGCCCGGAAAUAUACGACUAAGAUUUUGCAUUCUUAGCCUGCAUUGACUUUGAACUUCCACACCUAUACAUGUACAAAUUUACCUGAUCAUGAAAUUACUCAUGAAAUUACUCGACUCAUAUAACCGGUGCAUGGUGUUGUACACCCCACAAGCCGUAACUCGUCAGAGCUCUGCUGAUAUGGCUAACGCUGCAUGCAUGGUAUUGUAAAAUAUACUGUAUAUUCGAACAUGGAUAAAGGCGCCACAUAUUGCUCUUACGCAAAUUUAAAUGGAUUGUAGGUAAAAACUUCUUUCUUUCUAGCUGCUCGCCUCAUAAGAAGAUUUCAUAUAUACCAGGAUACAUG